GCCCUUCUCAAAACCCUCCCCCAAAAACAACCCAUUAGAGAGACAGAGAAACAGCAAAGGGGGAAGGGGAGCUCUCUUUGGGGGAGCUAGAGAGAGCCCCACAAUGGAGAUCGUAAAGGAGGAGCUCUUGCCACCAUUGUUGGAAUCGUCCUCGUCUGAUGAUUCUUCCUCAUUGCCAUCGUCGGUCUCCGAUUUUUCGGAGGAGGAGGAGGAACUGCAGCGCCUCACGCAGCGGGAGGCGCCCCCAACAGUGGCAGCACUUGCUUGUGCUAAGAAGCGUCUGACAAAGCAGCUCUCGAUGUUUGAGACAUCACGGGAGGCAGCAUGGGAGCGCCGGCGGCACCAGUUCCUUAAGCAGGAGGAGAGGAGCAGCAGCUUCAAUGGGUUUGUGGGACGGAGCUUGACCGAUGAGGACCUCGACGAGUUGAAAGGGUGCAUUGAGUUGGGUUUUGGGUUCGACCAUGACCACGAGGAUCGCACCCUCUGUAAUACAUUGCCUGCCCUCGAUCUCUACUAUGCUGUCAACAGGCAACUGUCUGACUCGAAGAUGACGACGACAACUGCAUCAACACAGGAGGAAUCUACUCCGAGCAGCUCCGGCGGCCAAUCUUCUUCGUUUGGGAGCCCCAGGAGCCCUAACUCCUCCGAAGCAUGGAAGAUAUUCACCCCUGGGGACAACCCUCAGCAUGUGAAGAGGAGGUUAAGGCACUGGGCGCAAGCUGUUGCCUGUUCAGUCAGGCAAAUCUGUUGAGCUAAACCGAACUUUGAAGUUUGCUUCCUUCCUUUGGGCCAUGGUCUCCUUAGGUUUUCAUCAGAAGAGAGACCACUUCCCUUUUAAUGCCUCUCUCCUAUCCGAGAGAGAGAGAGAGAGAGAGAGAGAGAGAGAGAGAGACGACUCGUCCUUA